AGACUGCAGCUGACGCUCCUGGGGACUGACAUACAUUAGACACGAUGGAGGCGCUAAGGAAGAUCUCGGUUCUUUUAAUCCUAGUAUCAACACUACACCUCACAACCUCCCACAUGGUGCUGGACCCCAGAACCUCCCUCCACAUACCAGAAAAGAUCCUCGGCGUGAUCGACAUCGUCAACAACCACAAGAACAAGCCUGGCCAACAGUACCAACCAGCGCAGAACCAGCAAUACCAGCCGCAGUACCCACAGUACUACCAGCCAGGGAAUUACCAAGGCCAGUACCAAGGGCAGUACCAAGGACAAGGGCAGCAAAACCAAGUUCAAGGUCAAAAUCAGGGACAAUUCUACCCAGGACCAACCCAAGGGACAUAUCCUCAGAACAACGCUCCAGUCUAUCCUCAACCUCAACCUACAUACCCACAAUACCCUGUCCAAAACGGACAGACCCAAGCACAAGGUCAGUAUCAGUAUCAAAACGGGCAUCAAGGUCAGAAUCAGCAAAAUGGACAGUAUCAGGGGCAAAAUCAGCAAGGACAGUAUCAAGGGCAAGCGCAAACUGGAUUCCAGAAUGGAAACCAAUAUCCAAAUCAUGCUGGGCAGUUCCAGGGCCAAACCCAAGGGCAAUAUACUGGUCAAGAAGUCAGUACCGGUCAGUUUCAAGCAGUCCAAAGUACAGGCAGUCAGACCAGUGGUUUCCAGGUGACAGGAGGUCACACUGGGAACCAGGGACCCGCGUGCGUGUGCCAGGCCUGGACCAAGCCUAAUGCGACGAAGGGUGAGGCUGGACCUUUGGAAAAAACUGAGAACACAGAAGUGAAUGAAGUGCCUGUUAGAAUGUAAUAGCAAAGUUUCG